AUGUCACACAUGCCGGUGAACACCGAUCCACCCAAGCAGAAGUCCACAGGGAUGUCCCGAAGAUGGCCCUUGGGCUUCUUCCUAGCCGCCAUCGUCUCAUUCAUCGUCGGCGGCGCUUUGGUCGGCGUCUGGAUUUCCAACGCGUCAGACUGCUUCGGCGACUCUAGUUAUUACGACUACAGCGAGGACGACCUGAAUUGCACGUCAAAACAGAAUGGCGAAUUCUACGCUGCCCUCGCCUUUCUCAUCAUUGGCGCCGCCUGCAAAUUCAUCGGCUGGAUCCUCCUCAUCAUGUACUGCGUUAAACGCCGCCGUUCUCACCGGGAAGCCGCUGCCUCGAUGUACUAUACCAUUCCCAUGGAUGCGCAGUACCAGCCUCAUGGCCCGCAUGGAGGCCAGCCUCCUUACAUGCCGACUCAGUACCCGCCUCAGUAUCCUGCGCAGGAGUCCUAUCCCAUGCACCCCGACAGCGCGUACCAGAGUCCGGCUUAUAAUAGCAAGGAGCUGCCUGCUCAUUAUGCUUAA